GUAUUAUGUUUGCGUCGGGCGAGUAAGCACGUUUAAAUUUAAAAAUUGGAUACAAUGGAAACUAAGUUAAAAUUAGCUGUUGUUGCAGUAUUAAUCAGUAUAGUCUUAUGUCUGUCUACAGUUCUAGCUCUGGUGUGGACUAUGCCCGAUUUGCCAACAACUGUUCGAAAUGAUGAAAUAUGUCUACCGAGCGAGUUUGGUCCUCUAAAAUGUGGUUCAACGGCUGAUCUUUUGCAUGAGUAUCUAGAGAGGAAAAUUACAAAGAAAUAUGAUGAAAUCAAAACAGAAGAUGAACAGCGACAACAGGAGUAUCUGGAUAAGAACAGAGUCCGUCUUAUGAGUAUCUACGACAAAGCAUUCUGGGAAAUGAAGCCGGCCGCCAAACUCACAGGAAAAGAACAGCCUGGCAUAAGAAAAUGUGAUAUUGGUGCCGACAUGGUACCUGUAAGAGAAUGGCGUCAUGGCAGAGAACUCUACGACACAAGCGGGUUUGAAAGAUACGGCAUUCGAUACAGAAAUGGCCGUUUGGUCGUACCUGUAGAUGGCACAUAUUUCAUUUACUCUUACGUCGAUUUAUUUGAGUCAUGUAAUCCAUCAAACGGGGAGCCCAAUGUAAACGAUACCACUAAACCUAUUAAGCACGGCAUAUCUAAAUUCAAUAUCCUUGAUGGGGAGGAAAUAGAAUUAGUUUCAAAUGUACAACCACAUACAGUUUCGAGUAACAGAUAUUUCAAUUCUUACAGCAGUUAUGUUUCGUCACUUGUAGACCUCAAAGCAGGUGAUGAGCUUUCUGUAAAGUUUACCAGAUUCAAUAGAGUAGGGAAACUGAGUAAUUUUCGUCUUUGUGACACAAUGGGUGUGGAAGAUACUGAAGGAGAAGGAUUCCAUGUCAGUGAUGUAGUAAAUCUUAUCAAAGGACACGUUAGGAAUUCUUAUCAGUUUAACCCGCGACAUCCGUUGACUUUCAGUCAUUCUGAUUACAACCCAAAUCCCGACCCGGAGGAAAAGACUCAUUGUGUAAUAUUUGUGAUUGAUAGCCAAGCAGUAGCUUACGGUUCAGUAUCUUAUGACAUGAAGAAAAAAAUCACCCAACUACAAGAAGAAAUAAAAAGACGCAAUAUACCAAGGGUCCUUAUUCUCACAAAAGCAGAUCUUCUAUGUGAAGAGGUGUCGAAAGAUAUUUUGAACAUUUUCAAAAGCACAAAAGUCAAGAAGGCAGUAAAGAAGGCGUCUGAAAUUUUCGAAAUUCCACUAUCCAACAUUCACCCCGUGAAGAAUUACGAGGGAGAAAUCACCCUGGAUCCGCUGAAAAGCAUACCGCUGUUGCUUGCUCUGAGACAGAUAGUUCAUUUUGCAUCGGAUUUUGUAGAGGAAAACUGAAGUUCGUCUGACAUAUUGUAAUAAUAAAUUGUAACAAUAUACAGAUAUAACAAGAUUCAUUGUGCAUAAUUUUACAUAAUUUUAUGUGAACAUUUCAACGUAUUUAUACACAUACAUGUACAUACUUUAUCCAGUAUUUGUUUGUUGUAUUAUCAAGAGCAUUUAAUAAAAUGAGAAUCAUCUGCACAUACAAAUGUACUAAACUGUUUGCGUUAAAUUAUUUGAUAAGUCAUCUUAAAUCCAAUUCAAACUUGAUCUAACAUAUUAUUUAAUCAGACUUAUAAAAUGUAUGUUAAAAGCAUAUAGACUACAUGCUACGAUUUAUGUUCAUAUUCAAUUACCGGUAUCUUUUUUAGAAAGUACAUAUAAAAACAUUGUCGUUUUCUUAAACUAUAUAAAGUAGAAGCCAAGAGUGUGGAUCUGUUAAUAUUUAAUAACUUUACUGACGUCAUUCUUUUGAAACCACCACUGAUCCUAUUUUCAAAUACUUCUU